AUGGCGAAGGAUCAGCGGCCCAAUGCGGCGGACAAGGGCAAAGGAAAGGUGGACGAUAUCAGGGAACUAAAUGGGGAGAAGAAGGAUGCUAAGGAUGGCAAACCCCUUGCGAAUGGGAAGAAGGAGGAGGGACCCAAGGAAGAAGAGCUCAGUGAAGAGGAUCAACAACUGAAAAGUGAACUUGAGAUGCUUGUUGAGCGGUUACAGGAACCUGAUACGUCUCUUUAUAAGCCUGCUCUGGAAGCGAUUAAGAACUUCAUCAAGACGUCCACCUCUUCCAUGACCGCUGUGCCGAAACCUCUUAAAUUCCUUAGACCCCAUUAUGACGAGCUUGCUGCGCUAUACGAACAAUGGCACGCGGGUGAUGAUAAGGAUUCACUUGCCGACAUGUUAUCAGUGCUUGGCAUGACAUAUGGAGACGAAGAGAAGUUGGAGACACUCAAAUAUCGUCUCCUUGCCAAAUCAGACGAUCUAGGUUCAUGGGGCCACGAGUACAUCCGGCACCUUGCUCUGGAGAUUGGGCAGGAAUACCAGGUUAGGGUGACGGAUGAUAAGGAUGUGCAGGAUUUGGUUGAUCUUUCUCUAUCGCUCGUCCCUUACUUCCUAGCCCACAACGCCGAAGCAGAUGCAGUGGACCUCUUGAGUGAACUAGAGAUGAUUGAGGAAAUACCACAGUUUCUCGACGAGAAUACGUACUCGAGAGUCUGCCUGUAUAUGGUCAGCAUGGUUAACCUUCUCACAUACCCCGAAAACCACCAAUUCCUGCGGACAGCGCAUGACAUUUAUAUGACUUAUAACAAGCUCACCCAAGCUAUUGUUAUUGCCAUUCGGCUGAACGAUAUUGAUCUUAUCAAGAAAGAUUUCGAUUCAACGAACGACCAGGCCAUCAAGAGACAAAUGGCAUUCCUUAUUGCGAGACAACAGAUAUGGCUUGAAUUGACACCUGAUGAGGAGGAGGAAGGAGGCCAAGAGUUAUCCGAAUGCCUGCACAAUAUUCAACUGCAUAACCACUUUAAGGCUCUCGCGAAGGAGCUUAAUAUUUUGGGUCCUAAAAUGCCGGAAGACAUCUACAAAACACAUCUGGAAAGCAAUCGAGGAUCUGGACUUACUAAUGUGGAUUCCGCAAGACAUAACCUGGCAAGUGCUUUCGUCAAUGCCUUCGCCAAUGCUGGGUUUGGGAAUGAUAAACUCAUGCUGGUCGAUGGCGAUAAGGGCCCUUGGGUCUGGAAGACGAAAGACGACGGCAUGCUAUCCACCGCUGCAUCUAUGGGAAUGCUGCUACAAUGGGAUGUGGAAGAAGGUUUGGAUAAAAUCGACAAGUUCACGCUUAUUGAGGAGGAGCAAAUCAAGGCCGGAGGGUUGCUUGGUAUCGGUAUCCUCAAUUCUGGUGUUAGACUUGAUGCAGAUCCUGCCAUGGCUCUUCUCAGUGAGUCCAUCGGCCCUGAGGCCGAGAGUGUGCACGUGAGAGUGGCUGCAAUAAUGGGUCUGGGUCUAGCGUAUGCUGGCUCAUGCAAAGAAGAGUUGCUCGAACUUCUUUUGCCCAUUGUUGAAGAUGUUGCUCUCGAUAUGCAGAUAUCUGCAAUGGCGGCCGUCUCGCUAGGAAUGAUCUUCGUCGGUUCUUCAAACCACCAGGUCAGUGAAGCUAUUGCGACCACGCUGAUGGAUGAGGAGCGGCAAAGACAGAUGAAGGAUAAAUGGACGCGAUUUAUGGCACUUGGUCUUGCACUCCUUUACUUUGGCCGACAGGAAGAAGUCGAUGUUAUCUUGGAUAUCCUCAAGGCGAUUGACCACCCCAUGGCGAAACCUACUUCCGUACUUGCUUCGGUGUGCGCGUGGGCCGGUACUGGUACUGUGUUGAAGCUCCAAGAGUUGCUGCACAUCUGUAACGACGUCAUAGAAGACAAGGAAGAGAAGAAAGGAGAAGAGUUGGUACAAUCAUAUGCUGUUCUUGGCCUCUCUCUCAUCGCGAUGGGCGAAGAUAUUGGACAAGAUAUGGUCUUGCGACAAUUUGGUCAUUUGAUGCACUAUGGCGCCGCAAACAUCAGGAAAGCAGUUCCCCUGGCCAUGGGUUUGGUCAGUCCCAGCAACCCCCAAAUGAAGGUUUACGAUACGCUCUCCCGUUACAGCCAUGACAAUGACAACGAUGUCGCGAUCAAUUCCAUUUUCGCCAUGGGUCUCCUUGGCGCCGGAACGAACAAUGCACGCCUCGCACAGCUCCUCAGACAAUUAGCAAGCUACUACCACCGUGAUCAGAACUCGCUUUUCAUGGUCCGCAUCGCCCAGGGUCUCCUGCAUAUGGGCAAGGGCAGCCUUUCUGUCAACCCCUUCCACACCGAUCGUCAGGUCCUGUCGCGGGUGGCUGCUGCCGGUCUUCUUACCGUCCUUGUGGCCAUGAUUGACGCCAAAGAUUUCAUUCUCGCCGAUUCGCACUAUCUCCUCUACUUCCUUGUCACAGCCAUGUACCCGCGAUUCCUGGUCACGCUCGAUGAAGACCUCAAGCCGCUUACUGUGAAUGUCCGCGUCGGUCAGGCAGUGGACGUGGUUGGCCAGGCAGGAAAGCCCAAGACCAUCACCGGGUGGCAAACGCAAAGCACACCCGUGCUAUUGUCGUAUGGGGAGAGGGCGGAGCUGGAGGAUGAAGAAUACAUCAGCUUAAGCAGUACGUUGGAGGGACUCGUGAUUCUGCGGAAGAACCCUGAAUGGGGUUUCGGGGUUAGCUUCCUUACCCCUCCAGCCUGA